AUGGCUGCCCAAGGAGAACCCCAAGUUCAGUUUAAACUUGUACUGGUUGGCGAUGGUGGUACUGGAAAAACUACAUUUGUGAAACAUCAUUUGACUGGUGAAUUUAAGAAGAAGUAUGUAGCCACCUUGGGCGUGGAUGUCCAUCCCCUUGUGUUUCAUACCAACAAAGGGCCUAUUAAAUUCAACGUGUGGGACACGGCUGGUCAGGAGAAAUUCGGUGGCCUGAGAGAUGGCUAUUACAUCCAAGCCCAGAGUGCCAUUAUAAUGUUUGAUGUAGCAUCAAGAGUUACUUACAAGAAUGUGCCUAACUGGCAUAGAGCCCUGGUACGAGUGUGUGAAAACAUCCCCAUUGUGUUGUGUGGCAACAAAGUGGAUAUUAAGGACAGGAAAGUCAAGCCAAAAUCCAUCAUCUUCCACCGAAAGAAGAAUCGUCAGUACUAUGACAUUUCUGCCAAAAGUAACUACAACUUUGAAAAGCCUUUCCUUUGGCUUGCUAGAAAACUGAUUGGAGACCCUAACUUGGAGUUUGUGGCCAGGCCUGCUCUUGCCCCACCAGAGGUUGUCAUGGACCCAGCUUUGGCAGCACAGUAUGAACAUGACUCAGAGGUUGCUCAGACAACUGCUCUGCUGGAUGAGGAUGAUGACCUGUGAGAAAGUGAAGCUGGAGCCCAGUGUCAGAAGUCUAGUUUUAUAGGCAACUGUCCUGUGAUGUCAGUGGUGCAGCGUGUUUGCCACUUUAUUAUAUAGCUAAGCAGAACACGUGCUUAAU